AUGGAAUUUCCUUCUAAGUUUGUAUGGAAGGCUAAUACUAGAAAAUGGUUUCUAAGAAAAUCUCAUGUAGUUAUUGGCCGUAUUUUCUUUAUACCUCCAGAAUCAAGAGAGAUUUACUACCUAAGACUACUUCUAAAUUUAGUUAGAGGACCUACCAGUUAUGAACAGAUUAGAACUAUUGAUGGUGUUGUCUACUCGACAUUUCGAGAUGCUUGUUAUGCAUAUGGACUUUUGAUUGAUGAUAAAGAAUACAUAGAUGCUAUAAAGGAAGCAAGUCACUGGGGCUCAGGAGAAUAUUUAAGAAGGCUUUAUGCAACACUAUUGUUUUCUGACUCGAUGGCUAGGCCGGAGCAUGUAUGGAAAGGCAUACGGAGAAUGCUAUGUGAUGACAUUCUUCACCGACAAAGAAGGUUACUUAACAAUCAAGAGUUACAAAUUGUAGAUGAAGAAUUAUGGGAUCUGACGUUGAUAGAAAUUGAAAAACUACUCAAGAGUUAUAACAAGAGCUUAAGAGAUUUUCCAUCAAUGCCAUUACCUGAUAUUGAUACAAGUUUGAUGCAAAUUAUGAAUGGGGGAAACAAUAAGUUGAUUUCUGAUGAGUUUCGGUACGAUAAACAAAUUUCGACUACUGAACAUGAAGUGUAUGUACAACAACUUACAAACGAACAAAAGAGAGCUUAUGAAGAAGUGAUGAUAGUAGUGAAUAGAGGGCAAGGUGGUGUUUUCUUUCUGUAUGGUUAUGGUAGUACGGGAAAAACAUUUCUUUGGAAGACACUUACUGCUGCUAUUAGGUCCAAAGGUCAAAUCGUGUUGACAAUUGCGUCAAGUGGCAUAACAUCCCUCUUAUUACCCGGUGGUAGGAUGACAUAUUCUCGCUUUGCAAUACCACUUAAUUUAGAUGAAUUUUUAACAUGCAACAUAAAGCAAAAUACUCCGUUGGCUGAAUUAAUAAUCAGAGCUAAGCUUAUUGUGUGGAAUGAAGCUCCUAUGGUCAAUAAACUUUGUAUUGAAGCACUCAAUAGAAUCAUGAGAAAUAUUUUGAGGUUUAACAAUAUUGCAAGCUUGGAACAAUCAUUUGGAGGAAAGACAGUGGUUUUUAGUGGUGAGUUUCGACAAAUACUACUAGUAAUACCCAAAGGUUGUAGGCAAGAGAUUGUCAAUACUACAAUUAACUCAUCAUAUAUAUGGGAUAGUUGUAAACUGUUGACUUUGACAAGAAACAUGCGCUUACAAGCAGACAAAAGCAAUUGUGAAAACAAUGACUUAAGAGAAUUUGCUGAUUGGAUUUUAAGCAUUGGAGAUGGUAGGUGUGGAUCAUCUAUAGAUGACAAAGCCAUCCUCAUACCGAUACUACAACUAGUGGAUGAAAUCAACAUCUAUAUGAUGAGUUUGAACCCAUCCGAAGCUCAGACUUAUUAUAGUUCUGAUACAGUUUCUGAAUCUGAAACAAAUAAUGAUAUUUUGGCAUCAAUUCACACACCAAAGUUCCUAAACACUAUCAGAUGCUCAGGAGUACCAAACCAUGCGAUAUCUGUUAAGCAUAUGGGAAUGGAUGCGGUUCGCAAUGAUGUCAACGUUGAUAAAAUCGGGGAUCUAGAUUGGGAAGAAGAUAACAAUGACAGUGAAGAGGAGUUUGAAGCCAACUAUAAAGUCGAUAACGAAAACGAUGAUGGAGACUUGGCAGAUAAUCUGGAAGUACAAAAUGAGGGGAAUGCGAUUGUAAGUAAAGGUGACGUUGCGGUCGAAGAUGGUGAGUUUAGUAUCGGAAUGGAAUUUGGUUGUAGGGAUUCAGUGAUAUCUGCAAUCAAAAGCUACACUAUCUCUAGAGGAAUUGAUUAUACUGUUUAUGAGUCUGAGCUGCAAACAUUCUAUACGAAAUGCAAGGGUUAUGGUAUAGGGUGCGAUUAG